CUAAGGGACCCCAACCGCGCUCUCGGUGAUCUCAACAGCUAACCGGACUUGCCCGAAAACUCCGACCUCCUGCAUCUCCAUCGGUAACAACAAACUUUCAGAACGAAGAUAUUUUGGAGAAGGAAACUAGCCCAACUUUCAGUAAGUCAAGUGGCUUACCGCGAAAGUGAUUCUAUCGAUCUCGAGCGCACAGCAACCCACUAAGCGAUUCUCACUUUCCCGUUCAAGUCUCACCUUCUCAUGUUGAAUAUUCCCUUCAUUAUCCUCACUUCUUUCCCUCAUCUGAUCAAAUGAAUGAUUCAAAAAAGAUCCAGUUUGCAGAUAUUAUUUGUGAUUUUGGGGGGCUUUUAAUUAGUCUUUCAACCCUUUUCCCUGAGACUCUAAUGAUUGGAAUGGAACUUAGGGAUAAAGUCUGUGAGUAUGUCAGAGAACUAAUUUCUGCAUUGAGGGUGUCAAAUCCAGAUGUGGAGGAGCUAGGAGACUGGAUGAAGUCUUGUUUGGAAAGCCACCCAAUGUUUGAACCACUGACAGAGGAAGAGCUUGAAGCUGAUCCAGUGGUAGAGCUCUUGAGUUGUGCAACCGAGGAAGGACAAAAGGUUGCCCGCAAUGGAGGGCAGACAUUCCAAGCAGUUUUCAGACGCAUUGUACCAUCUUCAUGGUGAGGCUUACAGUUUGGAAGUGGCAGCAACAAUUGAAUUGGAUCUUGGAGGAAGUCGCAGUGGUUCCGACUUGUCGUCCUUCACUUCCACGAAAUACUGAUCUAUCAUUUCUUCGGUCACUAGCUCUAAUUUUGAAGGCUGCCACUGUUGAGAAACAUGGUUAGGUACAAAAUCAGGAUCACUUAUAAUUUCAAUUCGUCAACUUGAAAAACUUUGCAUUCAUUGUAUUGCUCAUAUUUGUUAAAGAAAUUUAUUGAUGUUGUCUCA